UCGGAUAGUCUUGCAUGCUAUGCGCGCCACAGAGACGAAAUGAAUCCGAACUCCACAAUCCUUCGAGUGAAACGGAAGCGCGGAACGGACGCUGCCGAUGCCCUUUUGCUGGCUUGUAAGCGUAUUCGGCCCGAGUCCUCGGCGCAGUCGGCGGGGGUGCCUACGUCGGAGCCCGGCGACGGGGAAAUAGAAAACUCGGUCUUCAAGCUGGUGACCACAGUGCCGUCCCAGGAUGCUCCAGUCCAGGCGCAUAUCCAGGAAGCUCUGUCUCGGCCCCGGGUGGUCCACGCCCUGUGCCCAGCCGCUGGCAGUGCCCAGAGGAUUGCUGGGGACCUUCGCAGUGCCAAGUGGCGUGUCAGACAGGAGGAGCGCUAUCGCAUCCUCUCCAGUCACCGAGCUGGAUUUGCCAGGGACUCUGCACCCCUUGCUGGUAUUGAGGCUGGCAAUCAAGAGAAGUUCGAUGAGGAGCAGGUGGCGCCACCCCAAAGUGGAGCCCCAACGGUGCCAACAAAUGAUGCAGACAUCUGGCUCCUCGGAGACCUUCAGGUGUUUGACAUCGUACGUGAGGAGGACGAAAAGGCGUCUUAUCAGCCGGUGACCUCUGUCCCAGAUGAGAUCCUUUGCAACUCUGUGAAGAUGAUCCGGGAGAAGCUGACUGUAUCGGGAGACGGUGUUGGUGCUGACCACCGUGAGAAGGAUGAUGACUACGUCUAUGACCUGUACUACCAGGAGAUGGCCAGUCCUGGCUGGAUCCAGGAUAUCUUGUCUGUGAAGCUGUACCAGCAGGAGGGAGAGCUGGUGCCAGAGGAGAACCCUGAGGAGGAAGAGAUCUAUGAGGAUGAAGAUGAUGAAAAUGAAGAAGGAAACUGGAGGAAUGACUACCCGGAUGAGGAGGAUAGUGAAGAUUACAGUGAUACGGAGGAGCGCUACAUAGGGUUUGAAGACCAAUCGUUUGGCCAGAGGUCAUGGGGAAGGUACCGGCAAACUGUACUCCGGGAAUUUGGUGAUAAAGGAGCUGCAGGAGACCCUGAACAAAAUACUCCCAAACACACGAAGACUUCUCACAACAACAUCAGCUGAUAGGAGAGUUUCAGGAAUUGGGUGUCUCCCCAAUCAGUCUUUAUUGGUGGCUUUUAUUUGCCAAGCUCAUAUAUAAUUCAUUACAGGGCGUUACAACAGGUGUGUUCAAUAUUUUCCUGCUUUUUUUGUCUAAUGACUUUCCAGUCCUUUGUUCUUAAAACUCCUCACCUUAAAGCUGAACUAUCCAACCCCCAUCAUCCAGCUUAAACUUACAUUACCUUAAACUGACCUCGUUCCAGGCAAGGCAGGACCACCGGCCCUUUAUGACAUGCUCUUGAUGUCCACAGCCUGCCUUUAUCAGAUAACCUCUGAGCUGGUACCUGGUACAGCCUACUUCUUACGCAAUGGUCUUACAUUCCACAGCACAAAGCACAGACUUAAACACUAUAAAAAUAUUACUAGUUACUAUGUUUAAGAAUUUCUAUACAGUGCCAUGAAAAAGUAUUUGCCCCCUCCCUGAUUUUU